AUGCUUACAGGCUCCGAGGAGCUGCCGGAGCGUCGGAUGGAUUUGAGGGAGCUGCAGCUGGAGUACCGGGCGCCGCCCCGCUCUAAGCGACGUCCCCGUAGUGAAACGUGCCCUUCGCUGGAUAAUUCUGAAGAGGAAGAGGAGGAGGAAGAGGACGACGACGACGAAGAAGACGACGAAGAGGACGAGGAAGACGAGGAGGCGGUGGCGAGCAAAAAGAAACGCACGAAGGGAGGCUCCGGGGCCAGAGAAGGCGGCGGGAUUAAGAAGCAACCGGCGGCGGGUCGGAGCGCCAGCGGCUCGACGCCGGAAUGCAAGCAGUCACAGCGCAACGCGGCGAACGCGCGCGAGCGAGCCCGCAUGCGCGUGCUGAGCAAAGCUUUCUCGCGCCUGAAAACCAGCCUGCCUUGGGUGCCUCCGGACACCAAGCUCUCCAAGCUGGAUACGUUGCGCCUGGCCUCCAGCUACAUCGCCCACCUGCGGCAGUUGCUGCAAGAAGACUGCUAUGAGAAGGGCUACGUGCAUCCCGUCAACCUGACUUGGCCGUUUGUGGUUUCAGGAAGACCAGAAUCCGACACCAAAGAUGUCCCAACAGCCAGCAGAUUAUGUGGAACUACAGCUUAG